AUGUAUGAUUCGAUUGCGCAGCAGCAUGUGGCGGAGACAGAGCAAAUAGAUGAUCCUGUUGGAGUGGUAGAUACAGAGGAUGUUAAUCCAGCUGAUCAGGACUUGGUCGGGAUGUCAGUUUGUUCGGUUGAUGAAGCAUAUGACAUGUAUAAUGACUAUGCUUUUAGAGUAGGUUUUAGUGUGAGGAGGGGUUGUGGUGCAUUUGUCCAAUUUGAUUUACAUGAGAAUGGGAUGUGGAUUGUUUCGAAGCACGAGAAGUUGCACAAUCACGAAUUGGUUCCACCAAGCAAGAGUUACCUUCUAAGGUCACAUAGGAUGGUGUCUAGGAAUCAUAUAUCCUAUCUUACUGAUUUGAAGAGCAGUGGUGUGUCUGUUGCAGGUGGUGUAAGAUUCCUUAAAACACAAUCAGGGGGAUCACCACUUGUUGGGUUUACAAGUAGGGAUGCAUAUAACUCUCUAUGUACUGAUGCAUUGAACAGAUUGGAUGGUACUGAUUCAAACACAUUGAUUGAAAUAUUCAAACGGAGGCAGUCAAGUGAAAGGGAUUUUUACUUUGAUUUUGAGGUGGAUUUGGAGUCAAGGUUGUGUAGUUUUUUUUGGAGGGAUGGACGAAUGAGGAGUGAUUACGAUUUGUUUGGGGACAUGUUAGUUCACGAUACAACAUAUCGUACUAACAAAUAUGACAUGAUUUGUGGACCUUUUGUUGGCAUGAAUCACCAUUGCAUGAUUGUUAUGUUUGGAUGCGGUUUUUUGAUGAAUGAGAAGACUGAGUCAUUUGUAUGGUUGUUUAAGACAUUUUUGAGGUCUAUGGAUUACAAAAGUCCACAAAGCAUAAUGACUGAUCAAUGUGCUGCUAUGGCUGCUGCAAUUGUUCAAUAUACCGAUAUAGAGGCAGAGUUUGAAUUUUACUGGACAAGGAUGGUUACAACAUAUAAAUGUCACAAUAAACAUUUGAUUGAAAAGCUGUAUGGGUGUAGAGAAAAAUGGUGUCCUGCAUUUAAUAAAGAUUAUUUUUCGGGUGGGAUUUUAUCUUCUCAAAGGAGUGAGAGCACAAAUCACUCUAUUUCUAGAAGGUUGUCCAAGACAUCUGGUCUGUGUGAUUUUUAUAACUCAUUUGUUGGGGUCAUAUCAGAGUGGAGAAGUAGAGAGAAUGGGGAAGAUGUUCAGUGUUCACAAGGUGUACCCACAAUGGUGAUGGAUAAUGUUAAGAUUCUGUUGCAUGCUAGGGAAAUUUAUACAAUUGAGAUAUACUAUUUGUUUGAAGAACAAUUUUUGAAAGGUGGAUCAUGCUAUCAAGAGUGUGUGAUGCUGGAAGAUGGUGUGUAUAAGUAUCAUGUUUGGAGGCCUGAUGUGGAUAUUAUUAGGCAUGAAGUGAUCUUUAACAGUAGACAAAUAGACAUUGGAUGUAGUUGCAAGUUGUUCACUGAAUUGGAGAUUUUGUGUUGUCAUUGUUUACGCAUUCUAAAUGUGCAUUGUGUUUCUGAAGUCCCUGAGAAGUAUAUUUUGAAGAGGUGGACUAAAAAAGUUGUUGAAGUUGAUAAUUUUGAUAUAAUGUCUAGAGUUGAUAGUAGUAAUGGUGCAUCUUCUGUUUGGUUAUUAGAAAUCAUUAGGAAAUUUCAGAGGCUUGCUGUUUACAGUCAGGAAAAUAUCGAAGGACGGAAGAUUUGUGAAGAAGCAAUUGCAGAUGCAAAGAGAAGACUUGAAGCUGAAUGUGGUGGUAGUUUAUUUGAAGAAUGUGACAUAGGAUCGCCAAGUGGUGUUAUAAAGGAUCCAUCUACUAGGCGGAUGAAAGGGUUGCGGAAUAGGAGGGUGAGCAGUGUUAUUUCAAAGAAAUAUAACAAAGCAAGGGGACGGAAGCAUCUUGCACAUAUGGUUGCUUCCAAAAUAAAAUCUGCUGUUCAGUCUCAAGUUGAGGAUGAUAUUUUAAAUAUUGCGGGUGAUGGAUAUCUUGUCCAUUCAAAUUCCGGAGGUUCUAGUUUUUGUCAUGUUAGCACAAUGUCAAGUAUGGAGGACAAUUAA